AUGGCCAUCGAAGAGGUCCUGCUCAACCGAGAGCAUGUCGCGGUCAACCUCGCAGUCGUCGACAGCCAAUACUACCGUCUAUCGCAGCCUGUCUGUCAAAAUGAACAAGCCGCAACCGCUGAACCUGUCGCCUGCGCAAGACGUGAGGAUCUUCGUGUCGAAUUUGAGGCUGCUGGAUUUGGACUUAGAGUCAUGCCACCGCCCGAAAAGCGCUCAAUGAAAACAACGCUGUUGCACCUUGGAUGUAUGCAAAUGCGUCUUUAUUGA